AUGUACAUCAGCGGAGGUCGAAAUGUGGCUUUGAAACAGACAGCCAGGCAGUCCAGUGUGCACAUUGUAAGCUCUAAAAAAUCCAAACAAAGACUCCUGGUCCUCACUGCCGAUUUGGCGCUGGAUGGGAACACGAACCAGGAUUCAUGGGACGGCGAAUCGUGCACACACACUAACCGAAGUCAAGAGAACUUCUGGUCGGUCACCUUGUCAAUACCUGCGUUGGUCAACAGAUAUGUCAUUUACAAUAGGAUUGAUGAAAAUUUGAUGCAUAGACUCCUUGGUUUCGUUCUGAGAAGUUUUGAUGAGGACAACCAAGUGGUAUUUAACUACACCGAUGAAAACACGUCGCCGAAAGCCAUCUACUUAAUAAGCCAUAAAAACCUGUCAGUUAAGGAGGUCGUUAUUUCCCUAAAUGGUUCGCAGACGGUGCUCACCCUUUGCGAAGUUGAAAUAUACGGAGAUUCUGAAUGCGACUAUGGGUACUUUGGGCUCGAGUGUGAGCAGACUUGUAAUUGUUUCUUUCAAGAGGAAUGUUUUGUAAGCACAGGAGGCUGUACCUCAGACUGCGCUACAGGCUACCUGGGAAAGGACUGCAACACACCGUGCCCCUCUGGCCAGUACGGCCCCUCUUGUACGCUGUCUUGCAGUGCGUUUUGUGCUAGGACAAGUGAGGACAACAAAACUUGCCACCAUGUGACUGGCGAGUGCUUGAAUGGCUGUGAGAUUGGCUAUAAAACUCCGACGUGUGUCUCAG